AUGUCACUCAUGAUCAUUAAGAAUUACAUGUCUGUUGCAAUUCAAGGAGCCAUUCCGGAAUCCGAAAAUGCAAAGGAAUUCUUGAAAUUUAUAGAGGAACAAUUUAAAGGUACUUCGGAAGCUCAUGCAAGUACCUUGAUCCUCAAAAUGUUGACAACUAAGUAUGAUGACGUUAAUGGUGUGCGUGAACAUAUCAUGAUGAUGAGUGACAUGGCUGACAAGCGAAAAAGAAUGGACAUGGAAAUCAGUGAAGGUUUUCUACUUCAUUUUAUCAUGACAUCUCUCCCUAUGCAAUUUGGUCCUUUCAAGAUCAAUUAUAAUACGCAAAAGGAGAAAUGGAAAAUGAGAGAACUGAUUGCCAUGUGUAUGCAAGAAGAAGAAUGCUUGAAAGUUGAAAAGUCCGAUGUCGCUCAUAUUGCCACAAUUAACUCCAAGAAAAGAAAGGGAUCAUGGAAGGGUAAGGGUAUAGUUGGAGAUAACUCUACUCCAAAUAAAGUCCAGAAGACGGGUGCAAUUGGAUACAAUAAAGUAAUUACUAUUUUGAACUCCCGUACUGUUGGAGGUGGUUAUUUAGAUGAUAACUAA